AUGGACCGCGAAACCGCAACGGCGGCGCCCGGCAUCGUCACCACCACCACGCCGGCGCCGGCUUCCCGAUCCCCGUUGCGGACCAUCAACCUCGGCGCCCUCACGACAACCUUCACGCCGCCCGACGACUGUACGUCCCUCACUGCGCGGUACUACGUCUCGGACGAGCCAAAGACGUACCGCCUCAACUACGGCUUCACCUGCGGCGGCAGCGAGGCGCAAGGCGUCUUGUACGGGCGUCCGAUGGCGAAGCCCACCUGUUUCCCCAGCUCCUUCGCCCCGGCAUUCACCUGCGAGUUCGAGCUGUCCGACAUGGUGACGCCGUAUCCCGUGUACUCGCCCGGCUUGGUAUGCCCGCACGGCUACGGGCCGAGCUGCACCAUCUCGCGGCCAGCAGCGACGCCGCCGCUCGACGCCGCCAACACGACGUCCUACUCGAACCGCGCAGAACGGAGCAUCCAGCGCAUGCUCAAGGCCGGCGAGACCGCCAUCGGCUGUUGCCCCAGUGGCUACGUCUGCGACGUGUCCAAGCCCCAUGGCUGCGUCUCGACCGUCCAGCCCGGCGGGCACAUCUUGGCGGUCGUCGGCGCGCGAGGCGUCUGCUUCCGCUCGACGGCUCUGGAAACCAUGACGGCCACGUCGGACACGCAAGCAGUAGCGUGGGGCCCGAGGGUGCUCGUCGUGCAGUCGACGCCGCGGCCGGGCGCGGACGACGAGCCCAGCAACGCGAGCCCCUUGCCCGGCGUCGAAAUCGCCGUCGGCGUCAGCAUACCCCUGGGACUGAUGGCGAUUGCGGUCGCCGCGUGGAUGCUCGUCUCGCGGCGGCGCAAGAGGAAGACGGCAAAGAUGGCCGCAGCCGCUCUCGACGGCGACCGCCGCGACGUUCCAGAGCUGGGCGGCGAGGCUGUGUCAUCACAGGCACGCACGCCCACGGACCAGAGCGACGCGUCGCACGAGCUGCCGGGGGACCGUCGCUACAUGGCCCAGGAGCUCGAGUGCGUCACCAAGCCAGUAGAGCUGGGCGCGGGCGAGGAUACGUAG